UGUGCGCGCGCGCGUGUGUGUGUGAUAUUGUCGGCUUGGGCUGUCCGCGUGAGGAGGAGAGGUGGUGCCGCCGCGCGCUUCGUUACCGACACAUUUCGUGCAACACUUUUGUGUUGAAGCGUCUCGCCGAUGGGAAUGUAUUAACGGUCAAUUACCGUCAAGUCCGCGCGGCUUUCAGUCCAGUUGUGGUGAGCGGCUGUGUGGAUUGGUUUGGACUGGGAGGAACUUCACCAGUCACCAGUGCUCGGUGUUAUACUGGCCGUGCUGGUGAGCGGAGGACGGACGCGCAGCUGGACCAUCAGCUGCUUUGUGUGUCCAGGUGUGACUGAUCAGAGAUGAGGGGAAGACUCUUCAUAUUCCACGCGCUGGCCGUCUGUAUCAUCUUAACGUUGUUUUGGCGCGCGAGGUCAGUAACUGCAGAUACCACAACAGAUGCCUUCAAAAACAACAUCACCCUCUUCACACGCAUCCUGGACCGGCUGCUGGAUGGCUACGAUAACCGGCUCAGACCUGGACUCGGAGAUCGAGUCACCACAGUCAAGACUGACAUCUAUGUCACCAGUUUUGGACCUGUUUCAGACACAGAUAUGGAGUACACAAUAGACGUGUUCUUCAGGCAGAGCUGGAAAGACGAGAGGUUGAAGUUCGAGGGACCAAUGAACAUUCUGCGUCUGAACAACCUGAUGGCCAGUAAAAUCUGGACUCCAGACACUUUCUUUCACAAUGGAAAGAAAUCUGUGGCGCACAACAUGACCAUGCCUAACAAGCUGCUACGCAUCCAGGAUGAUGGCACAUUGCUGUAUACUAUGAGGUUAACAGUACAUGCAGAGUGUCCAAUGCAUCUGGAAGAUUUCCCCAUGGAUUUCCACUCCUGUCCUCUGAAAUUUGGCAGCUACGCAUACACGAUGACAGAGGUGACGUACACCUGGACGAAGAACGCUUCAAACUCUGUGGUGGUGGAGGGGGAGAGCUCCCGGUUAAACCAGUACGAUUUACUGGGACAGACUGUAGGGAAUGAAACCAUCAAAUCCAGCACAGGCGAGUACACAGUAAUGACUGCCCACUUCCAUCUGAAGAGGAAGAUUGGAUAUUUUGUGAUUCAGACGUACCUGCCCUGCAUCAUGACAGUCAUCCUCUCCCAGGUGUCCUUCUGGCUCAAUCGAGAGUCUGUGCCUGCCCGGACUGUGUUUGGCGUGACCACUGUGCUGACCAUGACCACUCUAAGUAUCAGUGCCCGCAACUCCCUGCCUAAAGUGGCCUACGCUACAGCCAUGGACUGGUUCAUUGCCGUGUGCUACGCAUUCGUCUUCUCCGCCCUCAUCGAAUUCGCUACUGUCAACUACUUCACCAAGCGUGGCUGGGCCUGGGACGGCAAGAGCGUGGUCAAUGACAAGAAAAAGGAGAAAGCCUCAGUGAUUAAGAAAAACAAUGCCUACGCCGUGGCGGUGGCUAACUACGCUCCCAACAUCACCAAGGACUCGGUCCUGCCCACCAUCGCUAAAGGCGGAAUAGCAGAACCGGGCAAGAACAAAACCGAGGCCAAACCAGUCGAGAACAAGAAGUCCUUCAACAGCGUGAGCAAGAUCGACCGCAUGUCCCGCAUCAUGUUCCCCGUACUCUUCGGAUCCUUUAACCUGGUCUACUGGGCCACCUAUCUAAACAGAGAACCCGUUAUCAAAGAUAUGGUCCCGUCCAACCAGUAAUUAGCAGAAGUAGCACUAAAGAUCCAGCGAUCAGGACUACAGUGAAAGCCAAAAAACAUCCAGGGACUCCAUCCAAUCAUUUCCGUACGCAAAGCAGUUCAUCGAUUAUUACAGACCACCGAGCCAUGGAUCGUUGCAGGACACGCCUCUCUUUCUCUUUCCUCUCUUUUCUACACCGUUUUCUGCAGUGCUUUUGAAAUGACAUUGGCCUUUGUAAAUAUGUAUUUAUGGAUAAAUGUAUAUGCCUUGUAUGUCCUUCUUUCUUUCUUUCUUUCUUUCUAUCUUUCUUUCUUAUUCAGUUAUUAAUUUCUCGUUUGUUAACGUAUGGUUUAGCGUGUGUGCAUUUCGACGUUCCGUGAGCUUUUUUUUUCCAGUGUUUUUUUUUUUCAUAGGGUUUCCCUGAAAUAUGACUUUUGAAUCGGACCUUUUUUCUGUGACUAGGCUAGGUUUAUCGUAGUGUAAAGUAUUAUAUGAAAUAGUUGAUUUAUUUUUGAUUAUUAACAGUUUAUUUCUCUAUCUGUUGUAUAUGUUGCCUUUUUGUAAUGGUGCUUGUUUUGACCACUACUUUUUCAAGACCGAAUCAAGACCAGUAAGUGAUUCACUGAUGAUGAUGAUUUCCCAAGAAGCUGGAAAACCUCCCGUUUGUGAGGUAAUUCAUGUCAUUUGUUCAUUUAAACCGUAAUGAACGUCAUUAUUAUUAAAUUGAGAAUGUGAAAGCACUGACUUUUCAACAAGCCUCAACCAGUCCACUGAACACACUAAGAGUUGAGAUCAGGCUUUUAUUAUUAUAUUAUUAUACAUCAAUGUAUCAAAGGGCAUCAUUAGCCUUAACUGUUUAUAACCCAUGUUGUGUAAAUCUGUUAUAUACAGUCUGUUAUAUACAAUUAAAUAAUGUAUUGGUUGUUUCAUUGGAAAUAUCUUUAUUUACAACUAUUUUUUCACCAUUCAGGCAGAAAAAGAAGUAUAAAACAUGUUAACAGUGUUAGUAUUAUUAUUAUUAUUGACAUGUAUCUGAUUUUUAUUCAUUUUUAUUUUAUAUCGGAUUGUUUAAUUUCUUCAUUUCAUGGCUGGUUGUGCUUUAGCUUGUUUGUUAAAUGAGGGGAAUAAGGAUUUGGUUGUUGUUUUUAUUAUUAUUAUUAUUAUUAUUUUUUUUUUUUUUGCCUGCGUUCAAUUUUACACUAUUAAAUCUUAAAAAACUAUAAUUCUUUUCUUUUUUUGAUUCGAUUUGACUUCAGUGGCUUAAUGUGGACCAAAACACCUACAAGUGCUUCAAAUAAUGCAUGUUUACCAGAGCUGUUUACCCUCUAUACCGAAGUUGAAUAUUUUUUAUAUUUCUUUAUUUAUGUCUAUAAAUUUGUGUCUUUGAUAAAUGUUCCAGUGAAAGUCAACAAAGAGCUUUUUAUCAACACAGGAGUUCAUUUCCACAUGAAUUAUGAUAUAAAAUAUUAAAUAUAAAGAUACGAAUCUUUCUUCACACACAGUAUUGGUGUUGUAGCCCUGUGCACGAUGUACCAUGGAUUUAUGGUGUCUGUGCAGAUCUGUAAAGUUGCGUUUUGGUUGGUUUUCAUUUCUAACAGCAUUAUAAGCAUUAUUAUUUUAAUUGAAGGGUAUGUUGAAAUUAUCAAAGCAUGCAGUAUUAUUAUAUUAUUAUCAUCUUUUUUUUUUGGCUGUAAGACGAAAUGGCAGAUCUCUCUGAAAUGGCAUAAAACACAUUUAGAAGUUUGCAUGAAAUCACAAAUUUAAUUUAUCGAUUAUUUAUUUAUUUAUCUAUUUAUUUAUAAUAUAUUUAUUUAUUUAUUUAUUUACUGCAUUUUGAUAGUGGUCAGAAUGUAUGUAUGUAUCUAUGUAUUUAUUUAUUCAUUUAUUUCUAUAUAUAUUAUAUAUAUAUAAAUUGUUAAUUUAACUCUUGUGUGUCUUUGAUGUCCUAAUGUUUUUUUUUGUUUGUUUGUUUUUUUCAUUUCUGUCUAAAUCUGGAUCACGAGUCGAGUUUUUUCUAUAUCAAGCACUGCUCUAACUUUCUCAUCUCAGCUCUCAACGUGUACCACAUCAUGCGUCAUGGUUAUGCAGAAACAUGUCUGAGCAAUAAAAAGCGACUAAAGAGUGAAGUGAAUAAUUGCAUUGCUGGUUGCAGCUGCACGUGUAUGGAAUGUAAUAACACUUUGUAAAAAAAAAAAAACUCAUUCAGAUGUUUCAUUUUCCUGUAGAUAGACGUGUACAAUCUCAGAGGAAGUGUUCAUUUAUUUAUUGACUAUGGACUGGUGUUCAUAAAAAGACAAAAGAUGACGAAAAUGUUUUUUUUUUAUGUUUUUUUUUUAUGUGUUUAAACUGACAGUAUUUAGUAUUUUAUUAUCAGUAUUAUUCUAAUUCUCACUAUUAUUUUCUGUUGGGGGACUGAAGGUGCACCAGUAUGCUGUAUGUUCCUUUAAACUCAGACUUCUCAGACUCAGCUUGGCUCUUUCUGAUGCCAGUAUUCAUACAUAAUGUAUUGGACAAGGUUUACAGGUGGCCAAUUUCAACUGUUCCCCUCUGCUGCUGGGUUUACAGUAUGUUUUGAAUAGUGAUAUUUGCUCUUUCAUUCCUGUUCCUCUUUCAACAGCUUCUUGCUUAAUAAAAGAACAGAAUACAUCUUGUCA